AUGGCGUCCUCAACUUCACAGAAUCGACCAUUGUCGAUCAAUCAAAUUCUCCGCCAAAACCCAAGAGACCAGCUCUAUGUUGAGCCCUUGAAGUGGACACAUGAACACCUUCGCCACCUUGAGAUUUCCUUUGUCGAACCAAAGGAACUUCAUGCUUUCGACCCGGUCCACCGAGAAUCGAAAUUAUGGGACACGAUCAAUUUUACAAGCUCUGACGAGCUUUUAUCGCAAGAUGUACGCCUCAAAGCGGUUGAAGAUUUUCUCAAAAAGGCAGAUAAUAAGCUAUCAUUCGAAGACGACUUGUACCUUUUCUUCCACAAAAAGCAACAGAAGUUGGAUUGCACGUUCUCUGUUGAGCCAGGCGACGACAUUCCUCUGGCCGCUUUCCUUGAUUACAUGACCAUCGUUACCAAGAGGGAGGGUACAGUGGAGCCAAGGUUGAAAUCACAGUCAACCAACACCUCCAUUGAAAUCAGCAAGAUGAAGUCGGUCCUGAAACUCAAAAAGAUUACGCCGGAGAACCCUUUGUACGACCCCUUUGUUGCGGCUAUAUUGAUUGCUUUAGCCCAAGCCCAGCAGAGAGCAACGGCGUCAUCACGGCCGCAUGGCAAGGGAAAAGAAGUUGUUGGUCCCGAGGACUUGAAGCCCCUUGCCACUGAAGAGCGGAAGUAUGAUGUUCGAUUGCUUGUCACUUUCCAAAAGGAUGCAACCUGUAUUCUUUACAAGUCUGUCAUUUCAUCGACAUUCUUAGCCAAGUUCAAUGAUUUGGACUAUGCGCCACCAACGUCAACUCCAAUGCGCAUUGAACUCAGUGACAUUCCUUUUAAGCCUCGCAUCUCUCUGCAUCGGCGUAUAUUCAAUGAACUAUUCCCCGAACGACAAGGAACUGGAGGUGAUAGCGACGAGAGAUCCUCCAACUCUGAGGCAUCGCCUACGGACGAGACGUCAGGAUCCAGCGAAAGCAAAUUUGCGGUCAUCGGUGGCACGGUGGCUAACGAGUCAACUUCAGGAUCCAGCGAAAGCCAAUUUGCGGUCAUCGGUGGCACAGUGGCUGACGAGUCAGCUUAG